UUUCUGAUUUUUUAUUUAUUUUUUUAACAGCGUGAAAUUACCGGUAAAUAUUCCCGGUUCGCGUAUUCACGUUUCUUUAUUUGUUACGUGUUGAGUUUUAAAAGCUGAAGCUGGUUACCUGGUUACCUGGUUACCGGUUACCUGGUUACCUGGUUACCGGAGAGUGCUACGUGGACAGUUAACGUCCGUUGCCCCGGGAUACAGCUGUUAAUCUAGAUAUAACCUUAAUAAUAACACAUAUUUAUAACUAUUGUAACUAUAAAUGUUUUAAUUAAAGGAGAGUUUAGGUGGAGAAGAGUCAGUACAGAGUUAGCAUGGAGGUCAGUCUGUGCUUCAUCCUCCUGCUGCUGAUUUAACGUUUAAUUAAUUAAAGAAAGAAAAGAUAAUAUUCAUCUUUAUAUCAGCUGUGAGUCUGUAAACAUGAUGUAUUCAUCCAGAAGGAAACCUGUCCUCUACUUCAAAGAGGAGCGAAGGUUUCUUUCAGGUAAAUGUACGAUCUACAAGCUGUUUGGUCUCUGCAUGGUUCUGGUGCUCGUGUCUCUGCUGUGGCUUCAGCUCAGCUGUUCAGGUGACAUGUCGACCUCGAUGCACGACGUGGGACGCCUCCAGCAGCCCCCUCCUCCUCCUCCCUGCCCCGCAGACAGUCGGGCGUCUGCAGCGGACGACCCCUCGUGGGGUCCUCACAAACUGGCCAUCAUCGUCCCGUUCAGGGAGCGCUUCGAGGAGCUGCUGCAGUUCGUUCCCUUCAUGCACACCUUCCUCAACAAGAAGAAGAUCAGACACAAGAUCAUCAUCAUCAACCAGGUGGAUCACUACAGAUUUAACCGAGCGUCUCUGAUCAACGUCGGCUACGCGGAGAGCGGGAACGACACCGACUACCUGGCCAUGCACGACGUGGACCUGCUGCCUCUGAACGAAGCUCUGGAUUACGGUUUCCCCGAGGAGGGACCGUUCCACGUGGCCUCGCCCGAGCUGCACCCGCUGUACCACUACAAGACCUACGUGGGAGGAAUCCUGCUGCUCACCAAGAAGCAUUACUACAUGUGUAACGGCAUGUCGAACCGGUUCUGGGGUUGGGGACGAGAGGACGACGAGUUCUACAGAAGACUGAGAAAAGCUGAACUGCAGCUGUUCAGACCGAGCGGAAUCACGACAGGAUAUAAAACCUUCAUGCACAUCCACGACCCGGCCUGGAGGAAGAGAGACCAGAAGAGAGUCGCUACUCAGAAACAGGAGCAGUUUAAGGUGGAUCCGGAGGGCGGACUGACCAACCUUCGUUACCAGGUGGAGUCCCGACAGGAGCUGGUGAUCAGCGGCGCCCCCUGCACCGUCAUCAACACCAAACUGGAGUGUGACCUGAACCAAACCCCCUGGUGUCUCCUGAGUUAGAGGACAGGCGCACCACGGGGGUCUGCCUUCGUUUUCGGGGGGAGGCUUUAAUAUUGUUUUUUUACUUUUUUUUUUUUUUUGAGGCACGUUCGUGUUUCUGUCUUCUUCUUUUUUUUUGUGUUAAACUGGAGAUCAAUGACUCAUCUCCAGCUGAAAUCAACUGUUGCUUUACUGGUACAAAUCUGGAGUUUAAUAUCGCUGAGGAUGAAACAGACAUUUACCUCUUUUCAGGUACAACAACAACCAUGAAACUGCUGUUACACAAGCCAAUAAAACACAUGCCAGUGGACUAAAUAACCUCCUAAUAACAGCCGCUGAGCUUACUUCAGUUC